GAAAAGGACCUCUCCCGUUAUUUUCAGCACCGGGCUGGUGCGACUGUACUAUUGCCGGAUGGCAAAUCCGGGCUCUCGGCUCCGAGAGACUCAUGUGGCGAAAGGGCGCAAACCACGGGGGACCCUGAGACUGAGUGGGCCCUAUUCCACUUCUCUCUGGGUGGCGGCGCUGUGGCGAGAGACUGACAGGCGCAGCGAAAGGCAGCCCUCUGCUGUACGAAGGAAAACAGAGGCCUGGGAGCAGGAACCUGUAGGCAGCGCUUGCGGGUAGCGGGAUAGUGGCUGCAAGCGCGGCGCGGGCUCUGGGCGGAACAAAAAUCACAGGAUGUCAGAGGAUGUUUCCCGGGAAGAACUGGGAUAAAGGGGUCCCAGCACCAUGGAGGACCCGAACCCUGAAGAGAACAUGGAGCAGCAGGAUUCACCCAAGGACAUAAGUCCCCAGAGCCCAGGAGGCAACAUCUGCCACCUGGGGGCCCCGAAGUGCACCCGCUGCCUCAUCACCUUCGCAGAUUCCAAGUUCCAGGAGCGUCACAUGAAGCGGGAACACCCAGCGGAUUUCGUGGCCCAGAAGCUGCAGGGGGUCCUCUUCAUCUGUUUCACCUGCGCCCGCUCCUUCCCCUCUUCCAAAGCCCUGAUCACCCACCAGCGCAGCCAUGGUCCAGCCGUCAAGCCCACCCAACCGGUUGCAACCACUACUGCGCAACCCAUCUUCCCUUGUCCUGACUGUGGCAAGACCUUUGGGCAGGCUGCUUCUCUGAGGCGGCACCGCCAGAUGCAUGAGGCCCGAGCCCCUCCUGGCACCUUCGCCUGCACAGAGUGUGGUCAGGACUUUGCUCAGGAAGCAGGGCUGCAUCAACACUAUAUUCGGCAUGCCCGGGGGGAGCUCUGAGUGCAGCUUAAGCCUCUCCAUGGUGACAGGUGACGUUGUGCCCCAUGAGACCCACCCAUGAUAUGGGGUGCAGGAACUCUGGGGGCCCUGAGGGAUUUGCUUCCCUCCCCUGGGAGGGCAGAUAGCUCUUAAUAGAGAGGACCCAGAAGAUUCUCAUUUAGAGCUUCAGUCUUUGGAGGACACAGGGCCUUCAGGAGAUGGUGAAAUCAGACAAUAAUGAGAUCUUUUGUUUAUAAAAAAAUGGGAAGAGAGUAUGGGAGAGAAAUGAUUUGUGUCUCCAUAAUUCCCAGUUAAACACUUAGCUGUGGAUUGUGCCAUCACCCUUCAUUCUUCCCAGAUGGAUACCAUGGGCUAUGGGAGCAAACUGCCCUGGACCUUUGCCUGAAUGAGGGCAGGGAAGGUAAGGUGUUGCUGGCCUGUAGUGCCACCGGAUGAGUUCCAGAUAUGGGGCAACUUGGGCCUUUGGGGAGGGGGCAGCAAAGUUGGGAGCUGGAUCCCAAUUGAGUGGGGUGGAAAUUCAAGUCCUUGAAUCUCUUCACACCCCCCCCUGCCACCCUCCUCAUUCAGAGGGGCCAUGUCACUGGAUGGCACUAGUCCCCUGAUAAUUGUUUAAAUAAUUUUGGGUAUCAUUCUAGUCAUGAAAUAUUUUUUCAUAUUUGUAGGUGACAUGGUAUGAAUAAGCUAACGGGAAUAGUAUCUAAAAACAAAACAUCCAUAUUAAAAUGUCUAAACCGGGAGUUCUGGCUUUUGAGUGGGAAUUUCCAGAGAACAUAAGGGUGUGGGCAGGUGGGAGAACUCAGGGCAGAGUUGGCCUCGCCUUGUGGGGAAACUGAUUUGGAAUCAAACAGAGAUGCCUUCUGUUUCAGGUUUUAUUUGGCCAACACUGGGAGAUUUCUCAUUAAGAUCCUAUUUUCAGCUCUCUUGAAAGGCCCAACCCAGGGGCAGGGCAGAAGCUACAACAGGCUGGAGCAAGCAGUGGGUGUCACCCUCAACUGGAGAUGAAUCCCACCAGGCCAGUAUUACUCCCUUAGUUACCUGCCCUGCACCUGCAGACAAUGAUCAAUGCCCUGAAUAUAACACUCGUAGACUCUGUUUAUGUGGAGGGAUGUUUGCUUUUUUUUUGAGACGGAGUUUCGCUCUUGUUACCCAGGCUAGAGUGCAAUGGCGUGAUCUCGGCUCACCACAACCUCCGCCUUCUGGGUUCAGGCAAUUCUCCUGCCUCAGCCUCCUGAGUAGCUGGGAUUACAGGCACGCACCACCAUGCCCAGCUAAUUUUUUGUAUUUUUAGUAGAGACGGGGGUUUCACCACGUUGACCAGGAUGGUCUGGAUCUCUUGACCUCGUGAUCCCAAAUCCUAGCACUUGGCCUCCCAAAGUGCUAGGAUUACAGGCGUAAGCCACCACGCCCGGCCCGUGGAGGGAUGUUUUUAAAGCCCACAGGUGAGGUGGAUGUGGUAGACUGAUCACUAUCAGUUUUUAGCUAGGCACAUGGUAGCUGAAAGACUACAUUUCCCAGAUUCCUUUGCAGCUAGAUGUGGCCAUGUGACUGAGUUCCUGCUAAAUUCCUGGGUAGAAUGCUCAAGCUUAAGAAAGGGGUGGUCAGGUGCGGUGGCUCAUGCCUGUAAUCCUAAUACUUUCGGAGGCCAAGGCCUGGACACCCUGAGGUCAGGGGUCCAAGACCAGCCUGGCCAACAUGGGGAAACCCCGUCUUUACUAAACUACAAAAAUUAGCCGGUUGAGGUGGCACAGGUCUGUAAUCCCAGCUACUUGGGAGGCUGAAGCAGGAGAAUUGCUUGAACCUGGAAGACAGAGGUUGCAGUGACCCAAGAUUGUGCCACUGAACUUCAGCCUGGGUGACACAGCAAGACUCCAUUUAAAAAAGAAAAGAACAUACCUCUUUUCCACCCUCCUAACUGUAAUACAGACAUGGUAUCCAGCCAUCUCGGACCAUAAGGACAAGAGCAACACGUGGGAUGGCAGAGCAACAAGAUAGCAGGAGUCUGGGUCUCUGGUCAAUUUCAUGGAAAAAGACCAUACCAGCCCACUUUCAUAUUGCUAUCUAAGAAAUAAACUUCUUAUUUAUGCCACCAUUAUUUUGGGUCUCUGUUACAUGCAACAAGAACAGGGGUCUGCAAACGAUUGCCAACUCUAGCCUGCUGCCUGGUUUUACAAAUAAAAUUUUAUUGUAGCCAGGCGUGGUGGUGCACGCCUGUGGUCCCAGCUACUCGGGAGGCUGAGGCAGGAGAAUUGCUUGAACCUGGGAAUCGGAGGUUGCAUUGAGCCGAGGUCAUGCCACUGCACACCAGCCUGGGCAAUGAGUGAGACUCAGUCUCAAAAAAAAUUUAUUGGAACACAGUUUUAUACUCACUACUUACGUAUUGAUGAUGACUGCUUUUGCCAAGAACAGCAGAUAUGAGUAGUUGCAACAGAGAUCCUUAUGGCCUACAAAGCUUAAAAUAGUUACCAUAUAGCCCUUUACAGAAGUUUGCCUACCCCUGGUCUAAGUAAUAAGACAUUCAACCUACUCUGAGUCUGGAAAAGCAGGAAUUUCCAUCCUGGGAAACACUACUUCUACUAGGUAGGUAGGUAGGUAGAGGGUGUGUAUGUGUUUUGGGGCAGGGCUACCCUGGAUCUCUUUGCCGGGGUCACUUAUGGGGAGACUGGUUGGAGUUAGACCAUCACUUUUUUUCAAAAUACCAACUUCAUGAAAAGCCAGAUAUUUCCUCUGGCUCCUGGUGAAUGCUCAGAAGUUUCACACUACCCCCACAGUGGUUCCCCUAAACCCAAACCUAAGGAUCUAAUCCCACAUGCUCUCCCGAGAUAGCAACCUGCCCAAGUACACCCGGGCUUCCUGUUCUCUCCAGACAUCACAGAUUCUCUAAAUAGCAUCACUGAUGACUUCCACAUCUUUAUCUGCAGACUAAACCCCAGACAUAAGAUAUAACCACUUGAAUAACAAAUGGAGAUCUCAAAAUGGGUCAGCAUGACUCCUGCAGCCCGACCUGCACCACCAAUGCCAUCAUGUCAGUAAACUGUGCACUCUUACUUUUAAAUUUUUUUCUUUGAGUCUUGCUCUGUCUCCCAGGCUGGAGUACAGUGGCGCGAUCUGGGCUCAAUGAAGCCUCCACCUCCUGGGCUCAAGCAAUUCUGCAACCCCAGCCUCCUGAGUAGCUGGGAUUACAGGUGUGCGCCACUAUAACCAGCUAAUUUUUUAUAUUUUUAGUAGAGACAGGGUUUCACUAUGUUGCUCAGGCUGAUCUUGAACUCCAGGGUCUCCCAAAGUGCUGGGAAUGUACUGCACCUGGCCUUUUUUUUUUUUUUGAGACAGGGUCUCACUGUGUCACCCAGGAUAAGAGUACAGUGGCAAGAUCAAGGCUCUCUUCAGUCUUGACCUCAGGCUCAGAUGAUCCUCCCACCUCUGCCUCCCUCCCUGUAGCUGUGACUGCAGGUGUGCACCACCAUGCCUGGCUAAUUUUUUUAGAGAUGGGGUUUCACCAUGUCCAGGCUGGUCUUGAACUCCUGGGCUCAAACAAUCUGCCCACCUUGGUCUCCCAAAGUGCUAGGAUUAUAGGUGUGAGCCACCAUGCCUGGCUGACUUUCAGCCUCCUAACACCUGUGUAACUACUGCCUGUAUUAAAUCCUCUUUGGGGAAUGCCUGGCCUGGUUCCAAAUCCUGCAGGGGUGCUGACUGAAUGACCCAACUCCUGAUUCCUAGUGUCUCUCAUGAUCCUUAGGAAUAUUUGCCAAUGGAUAGAAAUUCUCUAUACCUGUCCUUAGAAAUCCUUUCUUAUGGCAGAAGAUGGGAUGGGGUGCUGCUCCGGGAAAUAAAACCCUUGAUCAUGCUUA